AUUAACGUUUAUUCUUCAGAAAUCCGUUCAUUGGUAAUUUCAAGAACAAGUUACUACAUCUUACUACUGUUACAGCAAUCAAUCAGUGAAGACCAUUCAUUAAAACCGUCAAAAAUUAAUUAAAGUUCAAACUGUUCUUCUUGUGUGAUUGUUUAUGACAAUGGCAGGGAAAAUAAUUAACAUUUUCGAUCCCCCGUCUUCGGCAAGUUCAGAAAGUUCUAAAUUUAAAAAAACAAACGUAUCAAAUCUUCACGUGGCGAGCUAACCUACACCAAAAAUGAAUAUGCAUUUUCUUUAUUUAGUCAGCAUUUUAGUAAUAAAUCUAUUUGCAAAACCAAAAGCGAUGUUGCUGAAACUCAGGCGGAUUUUUCCGAAGUGUUUCCCGACUGUGAAGGGGAUGAAGAGAAAAGCGGCGAUUUUUACAACACUCCAGCAUCGCCUAUAACAGUUCCGUACUGUCCUAGGCCCCCAUCUACAGGGUCGCAGAAAUCCCCGAGGUCCCGUAGACAACGAACCACAUCACUGAACCAAUCUUCAAAGAAAUCAGCUGCAGAGUCGAUGAUACGCACGCAGCAUCGCACGAUCUACACAGCGGGCAGGCCCCCAUGGUACAACAGUGAAGGUCAAAAGGUAGAGCCUCUGAUCAUAGGGAUUUGUGGUGGAAGUGCCUCUGGGAAAACGACAGUAGCUGAGAAAAUAAUUGAGGCUCUGGGGGUGCCAUGGGUCACUUUACUCAGUAUGGAUUCGUUCUACAAAGUCCUAAAUGAAAAGCAACGCGAGAUUGCCAACAGAAACGAAUACAAUUUUGACCAUCCUGACGCUUUCGAUUUUGAUCUCUUAUUCAGCACUUUACAGAGAUUGAAAGAAGGGAGGAAAGUCGAGGUCCCGAUUUAUAAUUUCGUGACACAUGCACGUGAAAGUAGGACGAAAACCAUGUAUGGAGCAAACGUGAUAAUAUUCGAAGGGAUUUUCUCGUUUCACAACCUGAAAGUGCUGGAAAUGUUAGACAUGAAAAUCUUCGUCGACACCGACGCAGAUGUACGUCUAGUCCGUAGAUUAAGAAGGGACAUUAGUCAGAGAGGUAGAGACUUAGAUGGCGUCCUUAAACAAUACUGUGGUAUGGUUCAACCAUCUUUCAAUCAUUACAUCGCACCACUAAAAGUCCACGCCGAUAUAAUCGUACCAAGAGGCGGAGAGAACGAAGUAGCCAUCCAACUCAUAGUUCAACAUGUUCAUACGCAAUUGCAGUUGCGCGGGUUCAAACUGAGGGAAGAAUUGGCGCAAAUACAUGCCAGGUCUGGCCAACCUAGACCCGACACCCUAAAAUUGCUACCAACCACACCGCAAAUCAGGGGACUUCACACCUUCAUCAGGAAUAAAGACACACCCAGGGACGAGUUUAUUUUUUACAGUAAACGUCUCAUUCGGCUUGUGAUUGAGUAUACUUUAUCGUUGAUGCAAUUCAAUGAGAAAAUAGUAGAGACGCCCCAAGGUGUACAGUAUAAAGGGAAACGAAUGGCAACUGAUAAAAUCUGCGGCGUUUCGAUAUUACGAGCCGGUGAGACUAUGGAGCAAGCUGUGUGUGAUGUGUGCAAAGAUAUUCGUAUAGGAAAAAUUUUAAUUCAGACCAAUCUACAGACGGGAGAACCUGAGUUGUAUUAUUUAAGACUUCCGAAAGACAUUAAAGACUACAAAGUCAUAUUAAUGGACGCGACUGUAGCCACAGGAGCUGCAGCAAUGAUGGCAAUUAGAGUUCUGUUGGACCAUGAUGUUCCAGAGAGCAACAUACUUAUUGUGUCUUUACUUAUGGCAGAAUCUGGAGUAAAUUCAAUAGCAUACGCGUUUCCCAAAGUUCAAAUUGUUACCACCGCUAUUGAUCCGGAAAUAAACGAUAAGUUUUAUGUCCUCCCAGGUAUGGGGAAUUUCGGGGAUAGGUAUUUCGGAACUGAACCUUCAGACGAUUUGUUACUAUAGUUCCAAACUUAAUUACUUUGAAAUUCGCAACAAACUGAUAGGUAACUUUGGACAAUAUAUUUUAUUUCUUGGUGGUUCAUAUUUAUUUAAACUGUAGGUAUCUAUUUUACCGACUUGCCAUUGAUAAAAAGAUUACCAAUAUUGUUAUCAGCAGUACUUAAUGCUUAUAAGGCUGUGUUUACUAGUUAUUUAAUUGUUUAAAAAUUACUACAUAAAGUCAACGUUCGUUCCUUCAUAUAAUAUGUAAAGAAUCAUUGGAAACAAUCUUUAGAGUGCACCAUUUUAUCAUGGGUGCAGGCAUAGUUGGCUAGUAUUUUUUAAACCAAAUCUGUAUUAUAAUGAUUUUAUAACUGUAUUUAAAUUGUGAGAAUAAAACUGCACAUUGAA